AUGAAGGGAGCCUGCAACAACUCCUAUGGGCAGCAGCAGCUGCUGCUGCAGCAGCCGCAGCAGCAGCAGCAGCAGCCGCAGCCACCGCCGCCGCCUCCCCCACCAGAUUGGUCACAGCAGCAGCAGCAGCAGCAGCAGCAGCUGAUGCAGCCUCCUAGUAUGGGGAUGCCCCAACAGCAACCGCUGCUGCAGCAGCAACAACCGCAGCUGCAGCAGCAAGCGGUGCAAUACCAGCUGCUGCAGCAGCAUGGAAUGGAUCUGCAGCAGCCGCAGCAAAUACAGCAGCUGCAGCAGCCACAGCAAAUGCAGCUCCUGCAGCAGCCGCAGCAAAUGCAGCAGCUGCAGCAGCCGCAGCAAAUGCAGCAAACCUUCCAACAGCAGCCGAUGCAGCAGCACCUGCAGCAGCAGCAACCACUGCAGCAACAACUGCAGCAGCCACUGCAGCAGCAAAUGCAGCAGCCACUACAGCAGCAAAUGCAGCAGCCACUGCAGCAGCAAAUGCAGCAGCCACUGCAGCAGCAAAUGCAGCAGCCUCUGCAGCAGCAAAUGCAGCUCCAGCCACAGAUGCAGCAGCAGCAGCUGCAGCCACAGCAGCUACAGCAGCCACUGCAGCAGCAACAAUUGCAGCAGCAGCCAAUACAGCAGCAACCCCUGCAGCAGCAACCAGUGCAGCAGCAACCGCUGCAGCAGCAACCAUUGCAGCAACCGCCGCUGCAGCAGCAACCACUGCAGCAGCCACCGCUGCAGCAGCAACCGGUGACGGGGCUGCCUGCUAUGCAACCACUGCAGCAGCAACCACUGCAGCAGCAGCCAAUGCAGCAGCAGCCAAUGCAGCAGCAGCCAAUGCCGCAGCAGCCAAUGCAGCCACAGCCACUACAGCAGCAGUACCUGCAGCAGCAGCAGCAGCAACCGCAGAUGCAGCAGCAACAACAGCUGCAGCAGCAAAAUUUCUGCUUGCAAGCAGCACAAGCGGUUCCUCCUCAAGAGCAGCAGCAGCAACAACAGCUGCAGCUGCAGCUGCAGCAGUUGCAGCAGCAGCAGCAGCAACAUAGCAUUGGACACCAUCAGAAGAGGCAGCAACGGCAACAAAAGCAGCAGCCACUGCAGCAGCAGCAGCAGCAGCAGCCAGUGCAACCGCUUAUGCAGCAGCAGCAGCAGCCUGUGCAACCGAUUGUGCAGCAGCAGCAGCAGCAACCCGUACAGCCGCUCAUGCAGCAGCAGCAGCAGCAGCAGCAGCACCAACAGCAGCAGCUGCCACCACUGCCACAGCAGCAGCAGCAACAACCAGUGCAGCACCAGUGGUCUCAACAAAUCCCCCAGCAGCAACAGCCGCAGCUGCAGUUGCAGCUGCAGCAGCCACAGCAGCAGCAGCAGCAGCCGCAGGUGCAGCAACAGCAGCAGCUGCUGCAGCAGCCGCAGCAGCAUCUUGCUGCAGCACCGCCACCUCCUCCGCCUCCCCCACCCUGCAGCAGCAGCGCAUGCAGCGGCACUUACGCCCCCAAUACUGUCUUACAGCAGCAGCAGCAGCAGCAGCAGCAGCAGCAGCAGCUUAAUAUGCAGCAGCAGCAGCUUAAUAUGCCGCAGCAGCAAAGCGUGCAGCAGCAGCAGCUGCCGCAGCAGUGUCUUGGGGUCCCUGCCCCCCCUCCCUGCAGCAGCAGCAGCAGCAGCAGCAGCGUUCCUACUUGGUCUCCUCAGCAGCCUCCACCGCCGCCUCCCUCUACUCCCUUGCAGCAGCAGCAGCAGCAACAACUGCAGCAGCAGCAGCAGCAGCAGCAGCAAUACAGAGAAGCGGCAGCGAAGGUCGUAAGCCGUCAGAAGAAGAGUGUCUUAGAGACAAUUCUGAGGAAUUCUCUGGCGAGCAAUAACACCGAUUAUACAGCAAGACCAACAGAUCUUGGAUUGUCUGCUUAUGAUACUGGAGGUAAUUGGGGUGUAUAUGCACCUCAGCAGCGCAUGCAGCAGCAAAUAGUAUUUCGUCCUCCAAUUCGUUUGCUGCUAGAGGCAGCAGAAAGAAAAAAAGAAGAAAAAAAAUUAUUAGCUGCCCUCUAUUAUUUAGUACAAAAUAACUUCUUUAUUGAGCAGCAGCAGCAGCAGCAGCAAGUGCAGCAGCAGCAGCAGCAGCAGCAAUUGCAGCAGCAGCAGCAGCAUGGAGUGCAGCAAGAUAAUGGGGAGCAGCAGCGGGAGGAAGGUGAGUUACAGCUAGAAGAUGAAGAGCAGAAAGAUAUGCUGCUGCAGCAGCAGCAACUGCAGCAGCAGCAAUUGCAGCCGCAGCAACUGCAGCAGCAGCAACUGCAGCAGCAGCAAUUGCAGCAGCAGCAACUGCAGCAGCAGCAGCAACUGCCACAGUACCAACUUCCGCAGUACCAACUGCCGCAGCAACCACUGCUGCAGCAGCAACUGCAGCAGCAGCAACUGCAGCAGCAGCAGCAACUGCAGCAGCAGCAGCAACUGCAGCAGCAGCAGCAACUGCAGCAGCAGCAGUUUCAUGGAGCACCGGUUGGGGCGACUCCCCUGCAGUGUCAAGCGCAGCAGCAGCUGCUGCAGCAACAGUUGCUGCAGCGGCAACUGCUGCAGCAGCAACCCCAAGUACAGCAGCAGUUGCUGCAGCCGCAUCUACAGCAACACAACGAAGUGACGCAGCACUAG